CCUAGAUCGCCGCCGCAGGCUUUGCUUCUACUUGUUCCAUCUCCGUCAUCACACGAUCCUCACCGACAUUUCCUGCAAGAUCCUGUUUGGCCUUUACUAUCGUGCCUCGUGCUCGCAGGAAAUUGUGCUCGUUGAAAAUCCCUCACAUCGAAUCGGUGCGCUUCCCAUCAGCAUUUGCGCAACCAAGGACGCGAUCGCGACACCAGCCUUCAGCUCCUUCGAACACACCAACUGAAGCCCUCCUCGUCACCUUAGUCUAGAACCUCGAUCUCGGUCUACGUGUGACUCGGAUUCCACGUGCGCCUUCUCUUGCGAUAUCGGUGUUCCUGUCGCCGUUGCGACUCUGCCUUCUCCUUCCUUCGUUCCGCGAUAACUACCUCAGCAUGGAGCAGCAAAAUCAGAAGAAUACCGGCCCUCCCAUAUAUGACAUUAGCCAGGGCGGUCACUAUGGAGCCAGCGCUGCUCUAUCCGCUCAAGGCUACGUUCCUCAUACGGAAUUGUACUCAGGACUUUGGUCAAAUAUCAACCAAGGUCUCACUGGCCCUUCGCGCGAAAUCCUCGCAACUUACUGGCAGCAAACUAUCAAUCAUCUGGAGACGGACACUCACGAUUUCAAAAUCCAUCAACUACCGCUAGCACGGAUCAAGAAAGUCAUGAAGGCGGAUCCCGAAGUCAAGAUGAUCUCUGCAGAAGCGCCCAUCCUAUUCGCAAAGGGUUGCGACAUCUUCAUCACAGAAUUAACCAUGCGAGCGUGGAUCCAUGCGGAGGAUAACAAGCGAAGGACUCUCCAACGGAGCGAUAUUGCGGCAGCGCUCGCCAAGAGCGACAUGUUCGAUUUCCUCAUUGACAUCGUCCCGCGCGAAGAUAGUGCCGGUCAUGGAAGCGGCGCAAAACGACCCAACACCAGCGGCCAAGGUGCCGCCCAAGUCUCACAGCAACAGCCUCAACAGCAAAUGGCUCCUCCAGACUAUGGCAUGCCUCAGCACCCCUCCAUGGGACCUCCAGACCAGCAAUACGGGAGAGCACAAAUGUAUCCCGGCCAUAUGGGUGGUGACGGUCAGCAGGACCCCAACCAGGGCUAUGGCCAGCCUCCUCAAAUGUUUGGCGGGAACGACAUGUACAACCCCUACACGCAAGGUCAAUUUGGCGGAGGAGCUCAACAGGUAGGCUGAUAUCCAUUAUGAUUUCUUCUAUACUAUGUAUUCAAACAUUCCGGGACAGAGGCCUCAGAGUCAAGGCUAUGGCGCGCCAAGGCCUGGAACAGCAGGGCGUAAUGAGCCUGUGAACGAGCCAGGAUAUGGACCCGGCUAGGCACAGGUUCCCAUUGAUCACGGGCUGGUACUGUCGAUGUUCAAGAGAAAGCUGGAGAUGCCUACAGGAGAAGAAGAAGCGAGGAUGAAGAAGAAGACUUAUGGAUUACCCGGACAUGUGCAUUUCAGAAAAUCGGUGACUGGUUUGAGAUGUACGGCGAACAUUGAUCGCCUGCAACAUCAGUCGCCGCUGCAAAGUUUUGUUUUCGAUGUUUCGCAUAUUGCAACACACACUUGACUUUGGUCCUAAGAUUCCACCACUAUUUGGUUCUUUUUUUUUCCCAGACUCUAUACACGAUACCCCCGGGGAACAGUAACGCCAUUCAUGUCAGCCGAACCAGUCAGCACAGACGUACGUGGAGGGAAACAGGGAACACGAGCAUUAUUCUUUUUUGAUCUUUCAUUGGUACAGUAUCAUUACCAUGGACCGCUUUGCCAACGAUCAAGCGGGUAGUGGCCAAACACGCUCUUUGACCGGACGACUUUUUUGCAACUUGUAUGGAUAUAUAGUAGGGGAGAAUGUAAGCCUUUUCUUUCACCGCC